AUGGACGAGGUCAAGUCAUCGCCACCGUCGGGGCCGGAUGUGGGUGCGAGCUCACCUCCCCUGACAGGAAAGCAAUGGAUACAGGUGCUCAGUGCAUUCGUUGUGUUUUUGAAUACCUGGGGCCUUUUGCUAGCUUUUGGCUCGUUUCAGACGUAUUAUGAGCAGAUAUUGCUUCCCGACAAAUCAAGCUCCGAAAUAGCAUGGAUAUCUACCAUCUGCGCGUUUCUCCUUCUUGUAAGCGGCUUGAUCACAGGUCCAUUAUUUGAUUAUGGAUAUCAUCGCCCACUUUUGCUGGUGGGCAGCCUGUUGGAGGUCUUCGGGCUCAUGAUGGUCAGCCUCUCAACCGAGUAUUAUCAGGUGUUUCUCUCUCAGGGUAUCUGUGUUGGCAUCGGAGGUGGCAUGCUAUACAUUCCAAGUAUUGCGGCUGCUGCUGCUAGUCUUCAAGAGUUUCGCCGGGCUAAAUUCAUGGGCCUUAUCGCUUCAGCCACUGGCAUUGGGGGCGUAAUCUAUCCGAUCAUGUUUCGACGGCUGGUGUCUUCAGUGGGGUUUCCCUGGGCUGUCCGCAUUAUUGCCUUCGUAAUGUUCGCGACCUAUCUGUUCUCAUAUCCAAUCCUCUUGUAUAAGCCAGCCGCAAGCCCUUCAAUUCGAAGAUGGGUCGACAUGACGGCUUUCACCGAUCUUUCAUUCCUUCUCGCCAAUCUUGGUGCGAUGCUCAGUGCAGUAGCUUAUUACUUACCAAUGAUAUAUCUGCCAUUAUUUGCUGAAACGGCCAUUCCAAAUUUCGGAAAUGGAAAUCAGGACCUGGCAUUCUACUUGAUUUCCAUCGCCAAUGGAGCAUCAGUAGUUGGCCGUCUUGCCGCAGGACUUGUCGCGACUAAGGUCGGUCCUAUCGAGACAUGUACCAUGGCUCUGGCUGGCUGUUUUGUUGUACUCUUUUGCUGGACUGCGGUUAACUCGACUGGUGGAGCGAUUGCCUGGUCAAUCAUUUGGGGUUUGGUGUCCAGCGUCAUUGUUGCCAUGCCCGGGGCUAUCAUCCCUCUUCUCUCUCCCUCGCUGCAGGUGAUUGGGACGCGCUCUGGGAUGUACUGGGCCAGUGUGGGCCUCGGUGUUUUAAUCGGAAGCCCCGUUGCAGGAGCCUUGAUUGAUCUUAACUCCGUUCAUGUCCAUUGGUGGAAGCUGCAGAUAUUUGCCGGCACAUUUAUGACUAUCGCCGCCUUCUGUUACGUUUAUCCCCUUAUACAUUCCCAGGGACACGAUGCCGCCAAUUAUCCCACUGUGUGCUUGGUGACAUCACCUCAUUUUCUGGGCUACAAGUUUAGUCCGGCAUCAUUCUGGUAUCUCUAUUCUGCGGACCUCCAACUGGCAGCUAUGAUCGCGGAGGUGAAUAACACCUUUGACGAGAGACGGAUGUAUUUGCUUGAAAACACCGUUCCCAAUGAUAUGGCCAAUGCUGAUCAAUCCAAACCAUUAAAUUUUCAAUGUUCCUGGGACAAGGACUUUCACGUGUCACCAUUCAGUUCAAGCAAAGGAUCUUACAAGAUCUCUGUCCCCGACCUAUUUAACUCAGAUGGUUCUCAAGGAACAGCUGCUGUUAAUAUCAGGGCGACAUUGCUUUCAUCCAAGGGACGAGGAAAGCUAGUAGCUCGUUUGUGGUCAAACGCAGUGCCACUUGAUCCUGCCAAAAUUUCUAUAUUCAGAGCAUUGGAUUUUCUUAUAUCGUGGUCGAUGGCCCCCAAAGACCCUCAUAUAGUCAUUGAGGCACUCAAGCUCGCUAAAAAACGCCAUCUAGACAUAUAUUACCGACCAGAGCCCAGAGCUGAGACAAUUCCCCGUCACAGCACUAGGGCUGAAAGAUACAUGGGUGUGAUAUUCAGAGAAUAUCUGGAGAAAAUCUUACUCUCAUCUUCGGAUGCCUUUCACCUUCGUCUUAUCGACCCUACAACAUCUAACCCCGAAAUCGCUGUUAGCUUUAGCACGCCUGCGGCAGAUCAAUCAUCACCAGUACUGCGAAUGAGGAUUUUGACUCCCAAAUUCUAUUACUUUGCACUAAGCCAUCAAGGUUUAAAACCUUUACUACUGGCGACAUUUCUAGAUCCAGCAACCGAAAAUAGAACUGCGCAUGUGGACGACGACACGACGACACUAAUUGAGCUAUUGACACGUGCAGCUACACCCGCGAAACAAGAGAAAGUCAAGAAAUCUACAAACUGGGUUAUUCUAUUGCUUUGGGUGUUUUGGAUGAUGGCACGAGUUAGGCUUCCUUUCACUGGCGUUGCUUACCCCAAUUUCGGAACCCCAGCUGCAAGAGCAAGAACCAAUGAAAACCGAAACACUGAGAACGUUUCGUAUAAUUAUGAGGCGCAGAAUGAGUCAUAUUUCCUAGAUGACUUUGUGCGUGAUUUUCAUAGUCCUCUCGAUCAGAUUAAAUAUGUGGUUUGGGGCACGGGGUUGCUCGCCCGAGAACUUGUCCUCAAUAUUGUCGGUGGUGCAUGA